AUGGCUUUUAGAAGACAGAUAACUGAGGUUACAAUCCACUGUAACGGGUGUCACGUGGAGCUUGCUAAAGGAGAAAUGCUAAUGCUGGCCACAACUUCAAAGUUGCACCACCUUGCUGUGAGGCCGGAAAAAGAAGCAGACGCACUUGGAAAGCUCAACAAGGUGGAAAAUUUAGAGGGUGAAAAAAGCGCUCAAAAAUGCCCUUACAAAGCUUUUUGCCGGCGAUGUAGAACGCGCGUGGGAAAAUUUACAAUAUUAUCUUCAAAACAGUUUCUCUGCUAUAAAAUAGGCAACAUAUACCUUGUAAACAACGGUGAUGAAAUUCGAGCGAAGAAACUGUCCAAGAUAUGUCCAAGACUUAAAAAGGAGUGUUGCAUUGAAGUUGUAAAAGUGUCUCCGGCAAUAUGUCAGUCCCAUCUCCGAUUAAGCGAGCCAAUGAUUUACUGCGACACAAUGGGGCUUACACAUACGUCGCAAGAAAUCGAUUUUUUAACACGACAGUCCCCGCGAGACUAUCAACGGGAACUUUUUCUGUCCGCGGUGCGCAGAAACACCCUCGUCUGCUUACCAACGGGUUCGGGAAAGACCUUGGUGGCAGCGAUGUUACUGAGCUGUAUGAAGAAACUCAACCCAAACAAGCUAAUGGUGUUCCUCGCUGACCGAGUCCCACUGGUUUACCAGCAGAGCGAAUAUAUCAAGUCUCAGGUGCCUGAAUUAAGAGUGAAGACGAUGGUAGGUGAAAUGGAACCACCACAGAAGAAAGCCGUCCAUCACGCGGUAGCAAAUCAGGAAGUUGAUGUUUUAGUCCUGACACAUCAGUUUUUUCUAGAUUUUCUAGCUGAUGAGAACAGCUCGAUCAUUUGUUUCUCCAAUAUUUCGGUGCUAGUUUUCGAUGAAGCUCAUCAUUGCCAUGGAAAUCAUCCGUACAAACAAAUAAUGGGAUACUAUCGCGACAUAUCAAGCAAUUAUAAACCCAUUGUGCUGGGUUUGACUGCCUCACCAGCUGGAGAAGUAACAGUUGAAAGUACCAUGGAACGACUUAAAACAUUGUUAAACAACCUGAGCUGUGAAGUUUCAACGCCCACUGAAUCAAAGACCCUAGCAGUAAAUGUUAACAAUCCGAAUACAUCGUACUGCAUAGUACCCGACACGAACCCCCACCAGGAUCGCCUCAAGGCAUGCAUUGAAGAGCACGUUCUUAACUUGAAGACAGCUUACAUCGACGGCGCAAGCGUAUGGCAACGGUCAGAACUUAAUGGACUUCCUUUGUUUUCAUCUAAUUUUAGAGGAGCACUGAGACGACUGAUUGACAGUUGCCAUGGUGACAAAAGGUUCAUAAAAACGCUGAUAGCUGGAGAGCACAUCAUGCAGAUGCUCUGUAUUGUAGAUGCCUGUGAAAUUCUUAGCUACCAUCAUGCAAUGCACUGCCUCAGAGAAUGCAUAAAUAACAUCACUUAUGCUAUUUCACCAAAGGACAGUGCCCUGUUGGACAUGGUUGGAGCGAACACUACAUUUAGUGAUCUCCAAGACUUAGCAGACAGUUCGGUUGAAGAAGAGGUCGCCGUAUCGGACCGAUAUCGUAUCCUUGAAGCGCUAAUAAAUGAGUUUUUGUGCUGCGCGCAAAUGGAUGAAUCUUCCAGAGGAAUCGUCUUUGUGACGAUGCGCAAAACCGCUUAUAAGCUUUGCGAGCAGAUCAGGACGCUUUCCGGGGUGCCGGAAACGUUGAAUCCAAAAGUUUUUGUAGGGCACGGUCAGGGAAGUUACGACGGAAUGGAUUGGACAGAUGAACAAGAAGUGCUGUUAGAAUGCUUUAAAACAGGCCAGACAAAACUUCUUAUCAGCACCAGCGUUCUGGAGGAAGGCCUUGAUGUACCUGAAUGUAAUCUGGUCAUCCGCUUUGAAGGGGAAGCUACACUGCGCGCACGUGUUCAAACGAGAGGGCGUGCAUCUCGUCGCCCUGACAGUAAGUUUGUAGUGAUUUGUAAAAAGACGGAAAAACAAGAAGCUGAUGUUGUGGCUCUUAAAGAACAAAACAUGGACGAAGCAAUAAGACGUCUAAUGUUAUGUACGAGACAAACGCUACAGGCAGAAGAAUAUGGAUGUGAAAUGAAAAGUCUUCUUUCCUUCUUCCCCACAAGUAAAGAAAUUGUUGACACCGAAAAGUAUAAGCCGAGAAUAAAUAUUUCCGUGCAUCAUCUUGGAACUGUGGAGCAUCAUCAACGCGUUAUAGAAUUUUUGGAACAAAGGUUUGAAGUCAUUCAUAUGAAGACAAUCACAGCUUCUUCAACAAGCAGUGACGGAAACGGGCGGAAAAAUUUGAGCUUUGAGCUGCAGCCAAAGGAAGACAAAAUCCGUAAAGAAUUCAGAUCGAAGGACGAGUUCCUGAAUUACCUGACGGAACAGUGGUGCUCUCACCUGGCGAAUCUUGAAGAAGAACCACUUCCGAUUUGGCUCAAGGCGUCGUUCCCCAAGAAACGUCACAAAGCUGAAGACACUUUUCAUUCGCUGAAGGCAAAUUCUAUGUUUCUCGGGACGUUCCUCACUCGGUGCCAUUUUCGAUAUCAGUGGCCCUCGGAACCCACCCUGCAGAAUGUUCUGAUUUACUUUGAUCACAGCCUCAAGUUAUUGACGAUAGGAUUUAAGACUUAUAAGCUGGAAAUCCGAUAUGAAGAACUUGAAGAUUGUGUAAUCGUCAGCAGUGACGUGGCCUCUGACGUAAUCAAUUUGUUUGUUACCAUAAAGCACCCACCUCGAUUGUUUCAAUCUGUUGAUGACCUUUUCCUGGAAGUUGACGGUGACAACGAGCAGGGCCCACUAGAAAAUGACGAUGACGACUUUCUCCAAGUUGAUGUUGAUGAUACAUUGAGCGAAUUGUCGGAUGACGGGGGAGAAUCGAAAUCAGACAGUUUCUCGACUGAUGAAGAGUACCCAGAUCCAAUCAUGAAUUUUCGCGAGCGUCCCUUGCGUCACGAAUACAAUUUUGACCAGAUUGCCUGGGAGAGGGUGCCUGAUAUCUUAAACAGCGAAAAAGCUUGGGCCUAUUGCUAUACGUACUGUUUUGUAUUUUCUAGGAAGGAAUCUUCCCAGAUCAUUCACUUGUUGUCCAGAAUCCAGAAUCGGUUCAACAAAAAUGCAUUUUAUUGUCGCGUGAAGAAAAGCUUUGGCAGGUUUCCAGUUACUAAUAUUCCCCCUAAUUUGCCAUUUGAUGUGAAGUAUGCGUCACAGACUGUUCUUUCGUGGCAUCCAGUAAUGCGUGGAAAGAUGUCUUCGACUUUCAGCGAACUUUUGCUAAACAAGCCAAGCAGUGUAGUGUGCGCAGCACUUGAGCAGUUGAAGAAAACUCUGGAACAAGAUUCGUUCUGUGAUCCCGAAAAGGCCUUCAAGGCAUUUCUAGGCCAAAACGACCCUUCAGCUUCCGGGUUUCAAAAGAGGCUCAUCCCAGGCCACUGUGCUCUGAUAAAACGUGCAGUCAUCACCCCAACAAGACUACUACUGUACCCACCGGAAGUCAUGGUAAAAAAUCGCGUACUCAGACAGUACGAAACAGAGAGUUUCUUGUGUGUCAGUGUUCGUGAUGAGGACCUUUCCAAACUGUCUGCAGGACGAGGAAGCCUGGAUCCACUGCUGGACGGCAUUAACCGUAUCCUGGAUGAAGGACUGGACAUAGCUGGUGAACGGUUCCAGUUUUUGGGGUCAUCAAACAGUCAACUCCGUAACCAUAGCUGCUGGUUUGUUGGGCCAAAGUAUGAACCAGACAUCAUACGGAGUUGGAUGGGAGACUUCCGUCAUAUCAGGUAAGUCCAGGAUUUACAGUUAAGUUGUACUGAAAAUGCUGAAGAGAUAAAAGGGCAUCGGAGGCAAUUAUGAAAACUAAGCCGUAACUCUUGAAAACGAUAAAAACGGUGGCUUUAAUUGCCUAAGAAUCAGUGAGAAAUUAGUUAAUACUAAACUUAAGCAAAGAAAGACAAACACCGUUGAGCCGCCACUUUGUCUCAGGCUCUAUUCGAAAAAAACAAAGCAUAACAAAAAGCGAUGCGUCCUUGUCUCGUAUACAGAGCAAGACAGCUAAAUAACCUUUCUGGGCGUAUUUUUCUCAAUUCAAGGUGUGUAGCUUCAUACGUGGCUCGCAUGGGACAGUGUUUUUCUACCUCUAUAGACUCCGUGGGCAUUGGUAUCAGCGAAGGUGCCCUAAGCGAGAAAGAGGACGACGUUAAGACAGUUGACCAGAAAUACUGUUUUUCUGAUGGAAUUGGCAGAAUAUCAAAAGAACUUGCCGCAGAGGUAAGACUAUAAGUAGACAUUACUCCAUACACUCCUUAGAAGGUCCACCUUGCUUCUCAUCGUCUGUCGUACCAUGAGCGACAUAUCUGCUCCUUCCGCCUGGUGCGUAGUAGAAGGGGUGGCCCUUGUUUACCUGGAAACGGUCAAGCCGCUGUUUGAGGCUGUCAUUUUUUAUUUUAAAGUUUUGUUAGAAGCCACGUCUCUCCGCACGGUUUGUUCUUAGGGCUUACCUCCUUAGGUUUUCUUUUUUAAACUGCUGUUUAACCGAUAGCUGGACUAUACGUGAGUCGUCUAGAAAACCUUAAAGUUCCCAGAAAUUCUGGCCACUCGCACAUAAAUAAAAAAAGAGAACUUCAAGGAAAAGCCAUCGUGACUUUCGUCAAAUAUUUAUCUUUGUUUUUGUUUAUUGUAGGUUGUCAAGAAAAUUGCCAAGCCGUUCAAACCAUCUGCCUUUCAAAUUCGAUUUUCUGGCUUUAAAGGUGUCCUUGCAGUAGAUCCGAGACUCCCAGGCAAACAGGCCAUCUUCCGUCCAAGCAUGUGCAAAUUUGAGAGUUUCCAUUGCAGACUUGAAGUAUUGCAGACGUCUCGACCCCAGGUUGUUUAUCUCAACCACCAGGUGAUUAUGCUACUUUCCAACCAGGGUGUGCCAGAUGAUGUUUUUAUUCGACUGCAGAGCAAAAUGUUGGAGAAACUGGCAGGUAAGUUGCUUCCAAAGACAAAGAUGAAUAAUUAUAUUCAAUAAGCGUAAUCUUUAAGUGCGUUUGGCCGAUGGAGAUUAUGACAAAAUUAUAAUUAUUUUAGAAUGGUGAAAUGAAAGUAACGUUUUCCGCAAACGGCAAACGUCAGAUUAAAGUUGAAAAUUUCUCAAAAUGGGAAAUAAGCAGACAUAAACAGCUCACAACAACUUUUAUGGAUAAAACUGGCGACAACUACUUUUUUUUGUAGAAGUAAUUAACAGCAAAGAACAGGAAAAGAGAAAAAUUCGGCAGUACGUGGGACAAAUUAGCUUUUGCCCUUUGCUGUAAACGUUACUCUUUUAAAAUAGAGUGGUUAAGCAUCACGUUUUCGUCAAACGGCAAACGCGAAUUUGUACCAAGUGACCAAGUUUCCCCUUUACUGUUCAUUACUUCUACACAUAAAUGAGUAGUUUCACGCAAUUUCUUAUCCGUAAGAGUUUUUGGGGCUGUCACAGUUUAGUCCGCUCGUUUUCCACUUUGAGAAAUUCUCAACUUGAAUCUGGCGAUUGCCGUUCGCAGUGUACCUGGGCCUGGUUGCUGAAAGGAUGAUUAGCGCUAAUCCAGGAUUAAAAUUUUGUUCCACUUUCUGUAUUUACCUUCCUAUGCAUUUCUUAGAGUAACACUUUGUGUUAUCAUUUCUUUUUGUCGAGGUAAAGAGACAACAGUAUUUUGUAAGCUCUAGUUAUAUGUUCUUAGACAAGAAAACUUGCUUAAAACUUGGUUUAAUCCUGGGUUAAACUUAACCAUCUUUCGAGGAACCGGGCCCUGAAGCUUAAACUCUCUAAUCUCUCUACUGACUGAAAAGAAGUCCUUUUUAUCGUGAUUUUCUUAUCAGGAAUGCUUGUUAAUGAGAACGAUGCUAUCGAGCUGCUGGGUACUGGAGCCAAAAUGGGCGUGUCCUAUAAAAGUUUAUCAAGCACGGGAAUACCGCUGACAACGGAGCCGUUCUUUAAAUCCCUGCUUGUUGCUAUGUAUAGAAAUCACAUCCACGAGUUACUCUCCCGAUCCCGAAUCCUUCUGCCACCAGAGGAGGCACGAUUGAUGAUGGGUGUAAUGGACGAACUUGGUGUACUACAACCAGGACAGGUUUGUUGCUUUCUUUGCAACUUUUGUUUAGAUAUUUCUAGUAAGUGCGAGAAUUUAUUGCGUUUUUCCUGAUUCAGUCUAGUGUACGGUCAAACAUGCAUGUGUAAUGCAAGCUCGCAUCUAGCUGUCGCACUCUAUUAUACACUCUAUUAAACUGCCAUAACGCAUUCAGUUUAUGAAGUGCAGAAAACCAGUCUUCCCUAGGUAAGUAUUAGCAUUCUGCAAACUGGUCUUCCCUUUAAAUUCUCUAUUAAUUGGUUUGUUUCUUGACUGUCCUAUUAAACGUAAUUAGGUGUAUAGUUUUGAGAUUCAGGUUAAAAGACAGCACGUUAUUUGCUACACCGCAACAUCCUUGAUUGGUCUAUCAUCUUUUGAUCCAAACAAAAACAAGUCAACACAGACUCAGCUAUUAACUUAACUCGUCGUCUUCUUUAAUAAUGAGCUUCAUGUACCAACAGAACUCACACGUUAUUCGACGUAUAUUUAUUACAUUAGGUCUAUGUGCAGUAUUCUGAAGUUUCCACUCGUGUAGAUUGCGAGGACCAGUUCAACACGAGCAAGAAACGUGUUGUUAGGGGACCUUUAGUAGUGACCAGAAAUCCAUGCUUACACCCAGGAGACGUUCGCCAACUUGAAGCUGUUGACAACCCCAAACUUAAGCAUCUAGUGGACUGUGUGGUUUUCCCUCGACGUGGAUCGAGACCUCACUGUAAUGAAAUGGCAGGUAGGGUUUUUGACUCAAAAGUGGUUGCAAGGGUUUGGGAAUGGGGUAGCUUUCUUAAAGCAACGGAAGUUCUUCCUUCUUUCGUACUCUUCCCUUGAAUAUUUCUUUACACUGUGACAGUGUGUUUGAAGCCUCCCCUCAAAAAUGUUUGUUGUUAGUAAUUACGGACCCUUUACUGCCCCACCCAUCUAUUGUCAGUUUGUUGUUGGUUCUCCCCCUUGCUCCGAGAGGUUUUUCUCCGGGUAUUCCGGUUUUCCCCUCUCCUUUAAAAACCAACAUUUCCAAAUUCCAAUUCGACCAGGAAUCAGGUAACGAAGAACCACUAUGUGGAUGUGCUACCUGCAAAUCGUUAUUUAUUUAUUUAUUUAUUUAUUUAUUUAUUUAUUUAUUUAUUUGUGCCCCGGUUCAUUCUUGCCCUAUUUUGCGUGUUGAGUAAAUAAGUGCGACUACUAAAUGAAUACUUACAGCAUAAACCUGAAAAAAGUCAUUUUCGUGCAUGUGUAAGAGCCAGUCCGAACCUACUCAAGACAUUCUUGACCUAUAAGAAGCCAAGGCGUGCUAUCAUAGAUUUAAUCUGUACACGUCGCGUACGCAAUCUUCGAGUACCAGCUUUGAUCGAACUUGGACUGAGUGCGGUUUACAAUGUAGUUUUAUCGUUGUAUUUCUGUCUUUUAUCGGCAAUAAUUAUCAUUCCAAUACAGACAGAUGAUUGGGAGCAAAUGUCGCUUGAUUGAGGGUACUAUUUGUUUUUUGAAGUACAAUGCAAUCAAAGAAAAUAGAGGAUAAAUGUCUUGAUCGCAAGGUAAUAGUUAAAAAGAGUGCUCAUUCCAAUUUUAGGUGGUGAUUUGGAUGGGGAUCUCUACUUCGUGUGUUGGAACAAAGACUUGUUACCAAGGAAACCAAAUUUCCCGCCGAUGGAUUACCAAGCCCCGGAAAAGCAGGAACAAACGCAACCAAUCACAGCCACCGACAUGACUAAGUUUGUGGUCGACUACAUUCGGUGUGAUCAGUUAGGAGUGAUUGACAACGCCCAUAAAGCGUUAGCAGACCGGGAAAAUGAUGGUGUUGAAUCUGAAGUUUGUCUACAUUUAGCAGAGAUACAUUCUUUAGCAGUGGAUGCGCCUAAAACAGGCAAGUGGCCCAAAAUGCAGGGCAUAGGGAAGAUUAAGGCAUUCCCUGAUUUUAUGAUGAAGCGUGAUAAACCUAGUUACCAAUCAGACAAGGUUUUAGGAAAGCUCUACCGUCGCUGUCGAAAGUUUCAAGACGCAGCGUCUGAGAAGUUUAAUCAGAAAAUGCGAAUAGACAAGUUUUUACUCCUGCAAGGUUACGACAGGUAUAUCGAAGAAGCCAGAGAGUCUUACCAGCAGUACCGAGACAAAAUGCAGGCUCUGAUGAGUUUGUACGGCAUUGAAUCCGAGGCCGAAGUUUUCACUGGCUGCUUUCUGAAGCUUCGAAAUCGCUUGAGUAAAGAGAAAACAGAGAUUGCAGAAAUUGUUAGCUGCAUCCUCUUCGAGAUGCGGUCUGAAUUCCGAAACCAGUUCUUCCACGACUUCAAUGUGAAUGGUCAGCAUUUGUUGGACGAUGAGGAUAUUACGUAUGAGAUGCUUCUCAAAGCUUCAGCCUGGUAUAAUGUGGCCUACACGCAUGCUCAUGACCAGGCAAAUGAGUCAGAACUAGGUCCCCAGAAGCGUUUGCUCGGUUUUCCAUGGUUUGUUAAUGAUAUCAUGCUUGCUAUCAAAAACCGCAAACAACCGCAUCACGUCUCCCAGACCCUGAACGUUGAUACAACCGUAGGUGAGAGUUUAGCUAGACUGUUUAAUGAAGAAAAGACCUGGCUGCUUGAACAGUUUUUAGAAAGAGUAAGAACCAAAAACUCAAUUGCGCGGCAUCUAAAAGGCGUUCUACCACAGCAUUCGAUGAUUGUGACUGGUUCUUCAGCCUCUCUUCUAUUUCACGAGAAUUCAGACCUGGAUAUCUGCGUCUUACCACAGGGUACUCAGAAAUUGCAUGAUGUCCCCGUUACUUCACAGGAAAUGUAUCACACUCCACCAUUCCUCUCAAGCCUACUGGAAGAGUGUAGCAUGUCGCAACGGUCGUUUGAUCCAAUUGACUCAGAUGAAAAGCUUGCAGAUCCCUCUAAAGUGAAUGACAUCCCUGUUAAAGAUCAAGUGAAAUCAAUUGAGAGGCUGAUACCACACCUAAAAGAGACUCAGGUGCAAAAAGGCGAAGAGGGGGAUCCAAAAAAUCUAUUCCAUAAAGUUGGCGUUGUCGGCAAAAAGACGUUUCCGGUAAGGAUGCUAUUUCUAAUAUUAAAAUCAAACAUUCCGUAAGCAAGCAAUCUAAACACCCAGCCUAGCUGGUCACAGACACAGUCACCACAGUCACAAUGAGAUAAAUUCUGAAUAACCUUACCUCAGCCUUUCUGGAAUCAGAUGUUAAGAAUUAGAAGCUGGAUAAUGCUACCGAAUGGAUAAAUCACUAACAAGCAGAUACCGGAUUUAGCUUCCCUUAAUUGUCCCAUUUUGGCUAUUAAGGUUAUUAACAACGGGGCCUCAUGUCUCUUGGUAACGCCCUUAAGAAGAACAAAAUAUAUUUAAAUCGGUAAUCUUACUAGAGUUAAUUGAAUAAAUACCGCAAAAUCCUAGAUACCGACUUACUUUUUAUUUUUGUUUUUUUUAGGUCCUUGUUUGCAAGCAUCCCACUGGGAGGUUGUUAAAUGAAACCAAAUGCUCCCCCAAUCUUGUUUGCGAUUUGAUUGCUUCUCCAAGGUGUUUGCCAAUUGGAGUUCUUUUGUCAAGCUACAUAAAGUCCUUUCCUCAUCUCUUGCUGGUUCUCCGUGUCAUUCACCGAUGGUGUUAUGUGACAGGUCUGUCACGAAACAAAGCUGGUGCUGGGAACACCUCAAAUGUAAUGGGUUCCGUACUUCUAGUUCAGUGCAUGCGCAAGGGACAAAUUCAAAAUUUCAAUGAAGAUCACGUUACCUCAGAGGUACGUAAACUUGUACGAGGAGCGAUGACAGAAAGUGACAUGUACGUGGAAUGGGAAAAAGUAAUUCGCCUUCUUGGUGACGAUGCUGCCGGAAACGCAAAUAGCACACACCUGCCCACCCCCAAACUUGGUGAAAUGCUCAUGAGGUUUUUCAAAGCGCACAAGUCGUUUUUUGAAGAAGAGGUUCCAGAUCCUUUGGCGCGUAUCUUGCGCGCACAUAAAUUUGCAGAUUUGCUGGACAAGGAUCACCUGAACUUGGUGAAGGAACAUAUGCGCCGUGCUUCUCAGAUGUUAGCACUGUAUGGUGAUGUGCAAAUAAUGUUGGCCAUAAGUGGUUCUGAAGAUUACAACGUGAUUUACCUAUCACCUCUCCUUUCUUCCUUCUUCGCCGGUGUCGAGAAAAGUAAGGCUCUAGAAAUUACGAGGAAGACUGGGGCAAGGAGUGUCGUUAUUCGUCCCAAGCUCCCGCGAUCACGCAAUUCAGCUAUCUUGGAGGUGAAGGGAAGUGAACCUACGAUUCGCGCAGUGGAAGAAGAACUUGACAGAAUGGAAAAACAGGCAUCACGUAACCGUGUAUCACUGAUGAGCGGCUGUUUCGUGGAAAACGCUAGUGUUGUCUUGUAUGAAGGGAGUCGACACGAAAAUGAUCACGUCUCACUGACACCAUAUGAUGGGCCAUGUCAUCAGACGCAUGAUAACCUCGCACGUCAUGUAGCCUUGGUAACCAAUCCUACUUUCAACGAGUAUGCGCUUCGACGAUUCACAGAGAAAUUCUUUCAGCAACUUAAGGUAUGUCAACCUGUUACUCUUCCAUGUUUCCACAGAGCCCUGUUUAGUUCUCGUUAUAUUAUCUUACACAUCGAUGAAAAAUUGACUGAGGAUCUGUUUAUAGGAAACAUAACACGUGCUGAAACCGCCACCCUCUUAGCUCAAUUGGAUCAGCGUCGGUCUGCCGAGCAGAAGGCCGCUGGGUCAAGCCCCGGCCGGCCCAGCACUCAAAAAACUCUUUAAAUAACUGAGGAUAAAAGGCUGUCUUUGUAAAUACAUAUGCAAACGGUUAGACUUUCUAGUCUUCUCGGAUAAGGACGAUAAACCGUAAGCCCCGUCUCACAACCCUUGCACAUACAAAUUUUGUGGGACGUUAAAGAACCCACACACUGUUCGUAAAGAGUAGGGGGCGUAGUAGUUGUGGUGAUCUAUCUUUCAUGAGGGGAGGGACAGUUACGGGCCCGCAGUAAUUGGCGCCUGUCGUUCUUGCGUUGAACCCCGCUUGCCCAGAACUGGCAAAUUCAAGUAAAUAGUACACAAACAAAUAUACAAAUAAUUGCAGCUUACAAUCAUAAACCACCGAUAUCUACUGGAUUGUAAAUAGUAUUUUUUUUUUUUUACCCUCGGAACAUUUAAGAGUUCUUAAGAACUCGUUGAAACGUGUCCGUGCGUUCUAGAUCGAAUUGGAAUUUGGAAGUGUUGGUUAUUGAGGGGAGGGAAAAACCGGAGUACCCCGAGAAAAAUCUCUCAGAGCAAGAGAGCGAACCAACCACAAACUCAACCCACAUAUGCCAGGAUUCGAACCCGGGUCACAUUAGUGGGAGAAGAGUGCUCUCACUACUGCGCCACCCUUGCCCUUGAAAAUACUUUUAAUUUAUGGCAAAUGAGAAUUAUUAUUCAGCCACAUGGCCUGAAAUCGCGGACGCGGCGCCCGCGUAACGACGGCGCUUUCCUCAUAUUUUGGGGACAAACAUGGCGAUUUGGUUUACAAAGAAAUGUUUGGAGCGAAAAUUAUAUUUGAGAACAGAAAAAGUUCUCGCCUACCUAUAAAAUUUGCCGCCAUUGCAUCCACCAGUAGAAAGUGUCCGUAAUCAAACUGUAUGAAUCUUUCACGUUCGUUACUGUACUUUUUGAGGCUGAUUUUAGCUGUGACCUCGCUCUCUUAAUCCAUCGAUUUUACUUGAUACUUGGUAAAUACUUUCAAUCAGCGGCUUUUAUUUGGUACAAAAACUACGUAUUCUACCACUCGAUGUGCCCGUCACGCAAACUAAAAAUCAGUGGUUAAGAGCAUUAUCAAACGGCCCGAAUGUAAGACGCACGGAAUGCGAUGUCCGUGAUUUUGGUUUUCCAUGUUUUAUUUCAGGUAGUUGAAAGAGAUUUUGAUCCCAAGAUUCAUGGUCAUCUGGAGUUUGCUGUUCACUUUGGGCGAGUUUACAUGUUUAGUGUACCACAUGUAGUGCUGGAAGACGGUGAGCUCAUCUCCAUUGCCAUGCUCAGGACGAACAAAAGGAAGACUAUUAAGCCAUCCAGAGGGCGACAUGCGCUUCCUAGAGAAGUGUCCUUCGUCGACGAACUGCAGGAACGCGCCCGUAGAAGGAAACGACGAGCAAAACGCACUGUUGCGUGUGAAAGCAAUAGAAAAAAGCGUAAGCGCGGAAAUCCUUCGAGAAGUGCGUUUUACACUUCUGUUCAUUUCCCAGACAGGGUAAAGAAGUUUCUUCGCGAAAGUAAUUUUUUUCCCGACAACAAAAUGAUAGAGAAAUACACAGUGGACAUUUGUCCAAGUAGUGAAGAUACUGAAUUUUAUGUUCGACUUGACAGCAAUCUUGGUUUUAUCGACAUCAAGUUUCCAAAUCUUCGCUGGUGUAUGGUUGAUUUAAAACGAACCUGGAAAGCACGCCCAAAUCUUGACCUCAGGGAUGAUGCCCAAGCAGUUGCUGGCAUAAUGUACCCAGAAGGUCACGUGACCCAGUAUAACACUCGUGCAAAUGAUGACAUCAUCCUAGAUGGUUUGGAGACGGAUAUACGCUUUCUUUUGCACUCGCGUUACGAAAUGUCGCCGCAAGACACCCGGGAUACAAAGUAUGCGCAGUAUCAGGAUGUACUUAGAUGGAGAAGUCAAAUACAUUCUGGACGGCCUUUUGUCGUCAAAGAAGAUCAAUGGAAGGAUGUUCGACUAAUUCGUUUCAUCAAAUCAACAAAAUUCAAACGAGAUCCAGCAGCAAGGGGUUUUAUGUCGAACUUGACGGUUUAUCUUGAUGAAGUAACGGAAUACUCGAGACCAUCUUCUCAAGUAGAUGAUUUCCAGAAAGAGAUUACUCGAUGGGAAUUGUCUAUAGAAGCAGCACUUCCAGAAGAUCUAACCAAGAAAGAAACAGUCAAAAGGUUUUUGCAUGAACUCUGGGAAUAUUCGUUUUCCUUAUCUUCUUUUCUCUCGGCCUAAAACGAUAUUCCAAAAUUUUCAGUAAUUAUGUACGGCAACCCUAGAUUCUCAAAUUUCUAACUAUUUCGAGGUAUUCCCUUCUACUUUCGAAAUUCAACUGCAAUGUUCCCUUGGAGGAGCAAGGUUCUGGAGAAAUGGAGAACCUUGAAAUAACGGCUUUUAGGGAACUGAAGAACUGUUGAGCUUUUCUAGGAACAAAGGCCUUUUUCUUGGAAAACAUGAUAAUUAUCUGGGGAGCUCGAAGGGAAGAUAUUCCAAGUUCAUUAUUUUAGGGUAGUUUUCAAUGCUGCAGUAAAACAUGUCGGAAGUUAUGAAUCAGACGCUGAUAGGGUCCUGCAGGCAACAUGGUUCUGAGCCCCCUCCAACAAAUUUAUUUUGGGCCUAAGACCUGACUAUAGCUUUUAUUAGAAAGGGAAGUCAUUUAAAAAGGUUUUUGUGGAGAAGCGUAUUUCUUUUUGCGAAAACGAGGGUACAUAAAUUUAAUUUCCAACUGUAGUAAUUUCCUUUAGAAAUAUGAACAAUAACAAUUUGCUCGACGUUCAUAGAAGGAAGGCACAUUUUUUUUUCUCAGCAUUGUUAUUGUUAUUGUUGUUAUUAGAAUUUGUUAUUAGCGUUUAAUUUUAGUGUUAUCGAUUCAUCACAGUGAAAUUUCGUUGAAAAAAAAUACUGAAAAUAUCGUAUUUACCUGAUCAAACGCCGCAUUUGGAAGUAACCUUGGAAUUCGGUUUAUAUCAAUCCAUCAAAGUGCUUCCAAAAAUUGAAAAUUGUUGCCAUCCACCUUAAGGAACCUCCAGCUAGUUGUGUGUCAUUGCUUUGUGGAAAGCAUUUAAAUAAAUCAGUGACUCUGCUAUCCAUCCCAUCACCAGUUUAUUGACAACAAACAAGAUACAUUAGUGCAAAAUCAGUAAAGUAAAAUUUGAUCGCGGUAAAGUGCGAUAUUGUCGUCGCUUGAAGUAGCAAUUCACUGGGAAGGUACCCAUAGAGUGGCUUUCUUCUGCAAAAGGAUCGUUCCAUUCAUCCUAGGAUUUUACUUUCCAAAUUCGGUCAUUGUUUAGGCGUAACCAAGGAACCCUUCAACUUUCGGUUUGAUUCGAAAGUAGUGAAAAAAAAUUCGGUAGGUAUCAGAAUAUUUCACGUUUUCUCCUUUUAAAGGUUGACGAAAACGUGAAAUUCUUUGAAAAGAAAAACGAAAAUAGCGUAAUGCACUGCGUGACGCUAUCUGGACAUAACUGGGGACAUGUAGUUUAACUAACUGUUAUGUUGGUAGAUGUAUUCGUCGCCUUUGCAACUGAAAUAUUUCCCACAUGGAGCAAUAGCUCCUGUAGUUUGUUAAAGGUAAACACGAGUUAUCCAUCGGCAGUGUCUUCGUUUAAUUUUUACCACUCAGUGAGACGAACCUCUUCCCAACUCCACCCCACUUCUAGCGAAAGUUUGCCAUUUAAUAUUCCUUUAAAAAAUGCCAAAUGAAUCAAGGACCGGUCAAUGCUACUCUGACAGUGAGUAGCUGAACCACCGGUUUGCUAUCUUAUUAAAAUUACUUGUCGAGUGUACACUCCUAAUUGUAAAACAUAGAAGUUUCCUCAAGCUAAGUUUAAUUCAAGUUAGUGAAUAUUACAUACCUGGCUGGUAGAAGCGAGGAUAGUCACAACUAUCCACCGUAUUGUUUGCGUACAAGGAGGCGUAGUGAGGGAACCCUCGUAAGUGAAGUAACAUUCUAAACUCAAACUUUCUUCUCCUUUCUUCUUCUUCUUUUUAUUAUUAUCAUUGUUAUUAUUGUUUUUGCCACUGCCACCAUUGCCUUUACCACCAAUACCAUUGCCAUUAGCAUUGUCACCAUUAUUUUCACUUUCACCGUUGCCAUCAGUUACUUUGCCAUUUUUAUCGUUACCAUUAGUCAUGUUGCUAUCAUUACCAUUAUCUUUGCGCUGAUCAAUGGAGCGUUUUUUGGGAAUGAAAUCCAUUACGUAAAUUCCGUUAUCUUUUGUCACAGGAUAGGUGUUGUUAUCUUCUGUAAAAAUAAUAUGACGGUGAAUUGUACCUCAAAUUUCAGAGGUCACAAAGGAAUAUUUUGUCGACAAAUUCAAAAGAGGUUCGUGAAUUUUGGUAAGUAUGGUUGUUUUUACCUGGAGGCUGUCAAUUGAGUUCUCAAGGUGCAAAACGUUUAGGCUUUACGGAUUGUUCUAGGGUUGGAAAUAUAGCUAAUAACUGAGGUUCAAUAAUUGUCCCCAUCUCAUUGGCACUUUAACUGGCAGUUGAACAGAAGGUUAAUGUAAUGGUGGAUCAGAGAGAGACUUUUGUUAAUAGGUAAUCGCUGACAAUUUUCUUAUACCCUAAAGUAGUUGCUUAACCUACGAACCUAAGCUUUGAAGCCAUGCACGUAACGCGCAGCUCGUGUCUCACCGAUCAAGUGUUGAGGCAAGUGGCUACGUCAAGUAAAAUAAUCUUGUUUUUUAAAAAUUGGGAGACUCUCGUGGGAUAUAUGGCCACAAGUUGUGUUGCACGACUGUGCGUUCUAAGCUAUGUUAAACGUUGCCAACUAUGCCUUUUAUAGUAUCCUGCGCAGGAGUGGUUGCGUGCCGAGGACAAAGAACGGCUAUGAAGUAGACCAGCGGAGGAGGCUUUUAGUUAUUGGUCUCAUUUUUUAUUAGUAGCUUUGUUAGUGGUAGCUUGUGAUCUGAUUUUGUGAUAUUGCUUAGAAUUUAUACCUCCUCUUAAAUCUAACGAGAAUUAUAUUGUUAGCAGGAAGAGGGUCGGUGCAUCCUCCUACUAAGCUAUGUUAUUACGAUAAAAUAGUAGCUGCUUUUAGCUUUUCCCGUGUUCUUCGCUUUUAGUUUCUAUAAAACACCUGCCAUGGUUGAUAAUGUGUUGCAUCAGAUUUGCCAAAUUUCCAAAAAUGAUGUUUCCCUUGGAAUGUGCCCAUAAUAAUUAAAUAAUUUAGACUAUAUUAUUCUAUAUUAUUUAAUUGGAACC